CGCAUUUAUUCAAAAUGGCGGAAUAUGGCAGAGGACGUGCAAUGGAAAUAUUUUGGACAAAAUUUGAUUCAGACAUAGAAGAGACAGGUGAAGCAGUUGUUGAUGUACCAGGGGUAAAAAAUAUGGGUAAUCUUCGACCUCAGAGAAAGAUUACAGGUCAAAGAACCAGGGAAGUAAGACCACAAGUGCCCAAAGGGCCACCAGUUGUUGAAGAAUUAGCCAAUUCCUCAGCAGAUAGGAAGACAAAAAGUGACCGUGAUAGAGAAUCUAAGUCUAGGGAAGAGAAAGAAAAUGUGUGGCAGAAACGUCCAAAACAUGCAAGAUCUGCUUCAUUGAAGGAUUUGCGACCAGAGGAUAAAAAGAGAGUUGCAAAUUUGAUCAAAGAACUGGCAAAGGUUGGAGAAGAGAAGGACAGUGCCCAGCAGCAACUGCAGGGAGAGAGGGACAGAUACCAGAAGCAAAUGGCUGAGCUUGAGAGACAGAAACAACAAAUUAUAAGAGAAAGGGAAGAGCUUCAGAAGCAGUUCCUUGACACCCAGGCUUUGCUGCUGAAAUAUCAGAAACAAGUGAUGGAUCAGCAAAAACAGCUGGAUGACUCUCUCACACAGAUGUUGACUCCGCCAAAGACUGCCAAGGAACCUGUCCCAGAGAGAGAUGAAUUCCAUGGUUUUGAUCCACCCCCAGUACAAAGACGUGUAGAUAUGGCCACCACACGGCUUACUAUGGGGCCGGUCAGCACUCCUGGCAGAGGAACACAUGAGGUUAUUGAUGUCCAGAGAUACACACCUACCCACAGGCAGCACUCUAACUACCAGAUGCCCAGUUAUACAGGAAGGCUACAGCAAGUGCAGGCAGCCGAAACACACCCUUAUACACAUUUUAUAGACCAACAAAUUGCUCAAGAAAGACAGUUUAGUCAGGAAGAUAAACCAAAUGUAUCUGUAAGUCAGCCACAGGAUAUGAACUUUGGCUCAAGGCCUCCUGCUGAUGUUGGAGGUGUUGGGGGCAGAUUGCAUCCAGGUUAUCAGUAUGACUGGAAAGCUAGCACAGGGUACGACUAUAACAGACAUGGCUUAGAUUCAGACAGUGAGUAUAUCCCUGAGAAUAGAAAUGUAAGAGGAGGUAAUGGGCCUCUGCAGGCCCCUAUUAUGUCCAGCACACAGAGGAGUGAUGGCUUCCAACAGUCUCAGAAAUCAAGGACUGCAGCUGGUGAAUUUGAGCCUCUGGUACCAGGUUCAUCGUCCACUUCACAUGUGAGCUCUGGGUCUAUGUAUGGAAAUGAUGCCCCAGGGGCCCACUUGUCAGCUAUGCUUGACCACAGUGGUCAGUUAACUAGGCCGCCCAGGGUCACAUUUGCUGCUAACCAGAUGUCUCAAAUAGGACCCAUUAGACACACUUUUCCUGCUACAGCAGUGGACAAUGAUCAGAUAAAUGAUCAGUCUUCUGUAGCAGCAGGUUACCAGGGUUUCAAGGACCCUGAAAAACCCUCCAACUCUCCAAUAUCUACAAAUUUUCAUGACCACCUGAACGAACAAGGGUUUAUCAGGUAUUAUAAAGGACUCACCCCUGAGCAGAGAAAACGAGAACUGCUCGCACAGAAAGCAAAUUUGAUACAAGAACAGAACAGACUACGCCAGAUCUUGGCAGAACAAGAGGGGCAGCUGAAGCAAAAACAACAACAGCUUCACAACAGACAGUUGGAGCAGCGGCAGAGGCUGAUGCACUUUGAAAAAACAGGACAGUUUCCUCAGCCUCUAUCAAAUCUUGAAGGGAAGGCCCCAAUUGGUGCUGGGCAGUACAAAGCUCAAUCACCUGUGUCAGACCAAAUGGAAGGAGAUAUUUCUGAUACUGAUAAGAACCUAGAAUUCUUGGAAAAUCAUGGAGUGGACACGUCACCUUUGAGGUCCAGUAGGGCUCGUAGCAGACUGGAGGACAGGUUUCAGGAAGGAGGUUCCAAUCUGACAUCUGUAGCUACAUCUCCUAUCUCUCCUGAGCGGGCUGCUGGUAAUGCAACAUCCCCUCAGAGAAGUUCUUUCAUGAAAGUCAUGUCUCCAGCACAGAGGUCUGUAGUGAAAACAUACAAGCAGGGAAACUUGCCUCUUCACUUAAACAGGCAGAAAACGAGCCCCAUGAAGAGAACUGCAGAGACUUCCCCUGUUAGCUCCAAGGCAAUGUCAGUGGUAGACAUAGUGGAAUCUAUAGAAAAUGGAGACAGUCCAAGGCCUCUUGGUAACAGAAUUGUGGAGUUUGAGGAUGAUGUUCAAGCUGCCGAGGAAGAGGAAUCUAGGGUCCUAGAGGAAGUAUUCUUUAUGAGAUAGAUAUAACACUGUUAAUAUACUUUUGAUGUGGUUGAUAUGAUGAAACCUUUGCUUUCCCUCUAUAAGUAGCAGCGUGUUGUUUUCCACAAGGUGGAAAAGUUAAAUUUGUCUUUAUUUGUUCAAACUCUAAUGAUAUUACCUGGACUAUGAGUGGCUAGUCUGCACAGCUAUUUGUCUGUGACAACAACUCGAGUAUUAUGCCACAAUGUCAAAGCAAAACAAACUAGUUAUACUAUGGUAAUACAGCAUUGCUUUUCACUUCAAAGUGGAGUUGUUGGCCCAUUUCUGUGUUUUUGUAUAAUACUUACAAAUAUUGGAUCAUUGACUGCAGUUUUCAUGCCCAGAAUACAAUUUAAAAUUUGUAAACUUGACCUACUUAUCCAUCCCACUUCAUCAGUUCUAACUUUAAUAGUUAGGAGGCCUAGUAAUGUCCUUGUUUGGCAGAACAUUUAUAUUAGGGACUUUCAUCUUAUGAACAAAAAAUUUCAAAAGCAUACCCUGGCAAGGAAUUAGUUUAGGAUAAAUGGGGCAGAUCUUUAAAGCAGAAGUGCAAGGGGUGGUGAAUAAUACAAUUAAAAGGGAAAUUUUUGCUCUAAAAGUAUCUAGAUAAUUGAAUUAUAUAUUAAGGAAAUAGUAAAAAAUAUUUUUUGGCAAUUUUAAUAUAUCUGUAUACUUUAAGUAAUGUUAUACUGUUUGAAACUUUAUGGUGCCAUUUGGUCAAAGUUAGUAUGUACUCACUUAAUAUGUGUCUUUAAGUGGUUGCUGCUAGUUUCCAAAUAGUUUGGCUACUUGAGAACCGACUUUCAUUUUUAUAGGCAAACCAUAUAAGUUACUUGAAAACUCUUCUGGACAAGUAAUCUAAGAAUUUCUUUACAGUUGUAAGUUUUUGUAUAACUAUUCUGUAGCUAGUUUCAGCUUCUGAUAUAUAUUGACAUUUUCACAAUUUAUGAAAAUUAAUAAUUGGAAUGAAUGCUUAUUCAAACUAUGUUGAUUGACACAAGUUGAUUACAAAACACAAUACUGAUACAAAAUGCCCCUUUACUUUCCAUGAAAGUAUGCUUUAUUAAAUUAGUUUGCUUGUUGAUGAGGGAAUUAUAAUGUACUACUUACAUUUUAAAAACCUCAUCCACCGAAUUUCACAGAAAUAAGGUAAAACAAAUAUGAAAUAACUUCCCUUCUAUUUAUGUUACUUGUACACAUAACAUAGAAAUGUAAUUUGAGUAGACCAUUAUCCAUUAAAUGUUGUACAUGUCCAAAAAGCACCACCACAACUUAAAAGAUGUAAAUAUCACCUCUACCUUUCAACUUUUAAGUAUCUUAAAUUUUAUCUUAACAGUUUUGCAGUUAACCAGGUGAAAAUGCUGCAUAAA